CUCCGACCGGCUUCAACACACCACCAGCCGACCCAUUGCCUCUGCACACCCGACAGCUUCCGUCGUGUUGACGUCGCAACACGAGGCAUAUCCUCACGCAUACCUUCCUCGGGUCGACCCCGCGACAUUUGGUGCAUUGGCUUUUCCAUCUGGGCGUUCGAAUCGAGCCCGCGAGACAGACGCCGAGCUCCCCGCGCGUUCGAUCGUCAGUCCUUUUCACACCCGGCGACAAGCAAAACGUAUUCAGUCGGCGACACGCUCCCUCCCUGCCGGACGCACACGUCACACCUACUCGGGACGAGUAUAUACUGGGCCUUGUGCGCGUAGGUACGUAGGCGACAAUGGCUGCUGUACCGGCUAGACGAGCGCUGGCGCGGGCGGCGCGGGCGGUGUCGGGCGGCAUGGGCGGGGCGCCGCCGGUGACCGCCCGUGCCCUUGCUGCUUCUGUCUAUGCUGCUGCGGCGGCGAGGUGCGCGACGGCGAAGGCGGUGGCACCUGCGGCGGCGCUGAGGCCUUUUACUUGUGGGAGUGCCGUGGGGAGGAACAAGCCGUGGUGGCGCUCGGAGAGUGGCGAUGGUGAGGCCGGGAGCGAGGUGCCUGGGAGUCGCCUCUGGAGCUUCGAGGAGGUGAAGCGCCUGGUGGAGGAGGGCAAGGCUGCGGAUGGCGACGAGCCGGCGGAGUCGGAGGGGGAUCGCAAGUCGUCGUCCGGGCAGAUUGUCAUAGUCGACGUGCGCGAGCCCAUCGAGCUACACGAGACGGGCAAGAUCCCCGGGGCCGUCAACAUCCCCAUCACGUCGGCGGUGCAGAGCUUCCACGUGUCCGACGCCGACUUCCAGGACAUGUACGGCUUCGAGCGCCCGCCCCGCGACGCCCACCUGCUCUUCUACUGCAAGGCCGGCGUGCGAGCGCGCUCCGCCGCGGGGCUGGCCCAGCACGCGGGCUGGGACAGCGUCGGCGAGUACCCGGGCAGCUGGCUGGACUGGGAGGCCAAGGGCGGGCCGGUCGAGACGGUCUCAACGGGGGAAGGGAACGGGAAAAGGAAUGGGAAGGGGGGGAGGCCGGGAACGAAUCACACCUAGGGUGCAGGCAGGCAGGCCUGAGAGAAUGGAGCAAGAUGGGGCGGGCGGUAAGAGAUUUGACAACUCUGAUGCGCCCCGAAUGUAAAGCACCCGACCAAGUUUGAUGGACACAGAAACACACGACCAGAGAGAGCUAGGGUCGACGAAAACCGGCAUUGAUAUAUCAGCAGCAAUGAGCGCCGCCCAAGUAGACAAACUGCGCUCUCCGUAUGGUACAAAAUACAGGUG